AUGGUAAAGUUCGUGAAGCCGGGCAAGGCGGUGAUCCUGCUACAGGGCAGGUACGCCUGGAAGAAGGCGGUGAUCGUGCGCGUGUUCGAGGAGGGCGCCCGCGACCACCCCUACGGGCACUGCCUGGUCGCCGGCCUGGCCAAAUACCCGAAGAAGGUCAUACGCAAGGACUCAGCCAAGAAGACGGCCAAGAAGUCCCGCGUCAAGGUCUUCCUCAAGCUCGUCAACUUCACCCACCUCAUGCUCACCCGCUACACCCUCGACGUCGAUCUUAAGGAGGUGGUCUCCGGCGCCCCCGACUCCCUCAGCACCAAGGACAAGAAGCUCACCCUCGCCGAGUCCGCCAAGGCCAUGCUCGAGGAGAGGUUCAAGACCGGCAAGAACAGGUGGUUCUUCACUAAGCUCCUAUGGGUGCGGACACAGGUGUCCAUGGGCAGUCAUGCUCUCAUAUGCAGGAAGAAAGGAACAUUGCGUCAACGUCUCAGCCAGAUUGGGGAGCAGCUCGUCCGAUGGACACUUUCAGUUUCAGGUGCUACACUAAUUGAGAUGUGCUACGUACAAACCAAGGAGCAGGUUCAGGUCACCGUUGCCGGCGGUCCAUCGAGCCGGCUGCUGGCAGAGAAUGUGUACCGUUACCAGAAUACGAUGCGAACAGAAAAAAAAAGGUGGCAUUUACCUAGUAAAUCUUGCGGUUUUCCUAAAGUCCUCUCGUCCUCCGACGGCACCGCCACCGGAGUCCACGUGAUUUCACCGUCGAUCACUUUGGAAAUUGAUUGGCCGAGGUUAGCUAAGCUUGCGCAGCUACUACAGGGGUUUGCAUGGAGGUAA